AUGGUGCAAAAGAUUUGGCGAAGAGCAAUAGAAACGGUUAAUAGUACUGGAACAGUGGAUGUAUCUCACAGCAGAUCUAUAAAUUGUGGUCGCAAAAGAAUCUUGAUUGAGCCACACCAAGUCACUGAUAUUCCGUUCCAUAAGCGAACAACUUUGAGAUCGAUGGCCAUAGCUAUGAAUGUGAGUCUUACAACAUUAUUUAGACGGAAGAAAGAAGGGUUUAUUCGACGUCAUACCAAUAGCAUCACGCCUCAUCUGAAGGAAGAGAAUCUGAAAGGUAGACUACAAUUUUGCAUUUCUAUGUUGGAUAAACAUACUAUACCUCAUGAACCAAAGUUUGUUGAUAUGUACAAUAUGGUGCAUAUCGAUGAAAAAUGGUUCUACAUGACAAAGAAGACCGAGAACUAUUAUUUACUUCCGACUGAAGAAGAGCCGCUAAGUACAUGUCAAAGUAAGAAUUACAUCGUAAAAGUAAUGUUUUUAGCUGCUAUGGCUCGUCCAAGGUUUGACGAGGAAGGAAAGGAGAUAUUUUCUGGAAAGAUUGGAAUAUUUCCUUUUGUUACUAUGGAGCCAGCUAAGAGACGAAGUAAAAAUAGAGAAGCUGGAACUUUGGAACUAAAGGCAGCAACAUCGGUCAAAAGAGAAGAUAUAAAAGCAUGUUUGAUUGAAAAGGUUCUUCCUGGUAUUCAUGAAAAGUGGCCACUAGAAGAUAGACACAAAACUAUCUUCAUCCAACAAGAUAAUGCAAGAACACAUAUUGCAGGUGGGGAUAAAGAUUUUCAAGAAGUUGCGUUAAGUAAUGGUUUUGAUAACCAGUUGAUGUGUCAGCCACCAAACUCACCGGAUCUAAAUAUUUUAGAUCUUGGAUCUUUUAGUGCUAUUCAAUCAUUGCAGCAUAAAGAGUGUCCAAAAACCAUCGAAGAUCUUGUUCGUGCGGUAGAAGAUUCUUUUGAAAACUACUCUACUGAAAAGGUAAACCAUAUUUUCCUAACUCUUCAAUCGUGCAUGCAAGAGAUUAUGAAAGUUGGAGGAUCGAACAAGUACAAGACACCACAUAUGAGCAAAUCGGCGUUGGAAAGAGAUGAUCAGCUUCCUAUACAAAUAAGUUGUGAUCCUGUAUUAGUCCAAAGUGUGUUUCGCUAUACAAAUAAGAGAGAGGAAGAGGUCAUUCCAAUGUGUCAAACUCAAUUAGAAUUUUCAAACAUGUGCACUACAGAUGGAAACCAAAACUGGGAAAAUAACAAAAGUCAAGAUCAUACAAAUUGUUUAGGAUAG